CACAGGUGCGACUUGGUCCACGCCGCUCUGUCCCUGUUGAACAAGCACAAUUUGGUGCGGUACGACCGGCGGACCGGCCAGGUGCAGGUGACCGCGAUGGGUCGCGUGGCGUCGCACUACUACAUCAAGCACCCCUCCAUCGCCGUUUACAACGAACACUUGCGGCCGAACAUGAACGACAUCGAGCUGCUCCGGCUCUUCUCCCUGUCCUCCGAAUUCAAGAACAUCCCGGUCCGCGACGACGAAAAGGUGGAGUUAACGAAAUUGUUGGAGAAGGUUCCGAUCCCGGUGAAGGGGUCCGCGGAGGAGUACACCGCGAAGGUGAAUGUCUUGCUGCAGGCGUACAUUUCCAAGAUGAAGCUGGAGGGAUUCGCGAUGGCCGCCGACAUGGUGUACAUCGAGCAGUCCGCCGGGCGAAUCAUGCGCGCGCUGUUCGAGAUCGCGCUCCGCAAGGGGUGGGCGUCGCUGGCGCUGCGGUGCCUGAAGUGGUGCAAGAUGAUCGAGAAGCGGAUGUGGAGCUGCCAGACCCCGCUGCGGCACUUCAAGGACCACAACCGAAAUUUGCAGGAAGACGUCCUGCGCAAGCUGGAGAAGAAGGACGUCCCGUGGGACAAGUACUACGAUUUGUCACCGACCGAUUUGGCGGAGCUGAUCCGCCUGCCGAAGUUCGGAAAGAUGCUGCACCGGUUGGUGCAUCAAUUCCCCAAGAUCGACCUGGUUGCGUACGUGCAGCCGAAAACUCGCAGUUGCCUGAUGGUGGAGCUGACGCUGACCCCGGAUUUCCAGUGGGACCCGAAAAUUCACGGCGGCGGCGAAAUCUUCUGGGUGAUUGUGGAGGACGUGAACGGCGAGCACGUGUUGCACUACGAGCAAUUUUACCUGAAAAUGCAGGAAGCGGAGCUGGAGCACACGAUCACGUUCACCGUGCCCAUCACCGAGCCCAAGCCGCCGCAGUACUUCUUGCGGCUGGUGUCCGACCGGUGGCUGAACGCGGAAACGCUGCUCGCGGUCUCCUUCCGGAACUUGAUCUUACCGGAGAAAGCACCGCCACACACAGAGCUGCUCGACCUCCAGCCCUUACCCGUGUCCGCGCUGCGCUACAAGGACGCAGCGGACGUGUUCUACUCGCAGAUGCCGACGUUCAACCCGCUGCAGACCCAGACCUUCACCUGUCUGUACAGCACCAACGACAACGCGCUGAUCUGCGCCCCGGCGGCGUCCGGCAAGGAGGUGUGCAUGGAGUUUGCGAUCCUGAAGAUGCUCCAGUCCGGCAUCGACCACCCCCGGGCGGUGUAUCUGGCGCCCUACGAAAGAAUCAUGGAGGAGCGGUUCCAGGCCUGGGCCCCGCGGUUCCAGAAGCUCGGCGUCGAGGUCGCGAAGUUGACCGGGGAGGUUGCCGCGGACCUGCGGAUCCUGGAGCAGUCCAACCUCGUGGUCACCACGCCCGACAAGUUCGACAUGAUCAGUCGCCGUCACAAGCAGAAGAAGGGCCAGGUGGUGCAGGAGCUGAAUCUGCUGCUCUGCGACGAGCUGCAUUUGCUGGAGGACGCGGAAGUCGGGCCCAUCUACGAGGCGGUCGUGUCCCGGAUGCGGUUUUUGCACAUGCAGACGCAGAACAACCUGCGCAUCAUCGGGUUCGCGGCCUCGUUGGCGAACGCGAAGGACCUCGCGGAGUGGUUGGGCGCGAGCUUCCAGACGCUGUUCAACUUUUCGCCGAACGUGCGCGCCAUCCCGCUGGAGAUGACGUUCCACGGCUUUGACGUCCACAACCGCAUCACGCGGCUGCAGUCCAUGAGCCGGCCCGUGUACCAGGCGAUCAAGAACAACAGCGGCACCAAGCCCGUGAUCGUGUUUGUGAGUGACCGCAAGCAGUGCCGCUUGACGUCGAUCGAUUUGUUGCUUCACGCGGCCUCCGACGAUACGCCCAAGCGGUUUUUGCGGGUGAAGGACGAAGCGAUCGCACCGUAUUUGAAGAACCCGUUUCUGCAGACCCGGGAGUCGUUGCGCAACUGCUUGGAGUACGGUGUGGGGUACAUUCACGAGGGGUUCUCCCAGGAGGAGAUGAACUUCGUGUGCAAGCUGUACCGUGCCGGAGCGUUGCAGGUCCUGGUCGCGAGCCAAUCGCUGUGCUACGGCAUGACGGACGUGGCACACUUGGUCGUGGUGAUGGACACGACCAAGUACGACGGCAAGGAGGGCCGGUUCGUCGACUACCCGGUGGCGGACAUUUUGCAGAUGAUGGGGCGCGCGUCCCGCCCCAGCGACGACGCGUCCGGGGUCUGCGUUUUGUUGUGUCCGGCCUCGAAGAAGGAGUACUACAAGAAGUUCAUUUUCGAGCCGCUCCCCGUCGAGUCGCAUUUAGACCAGCGCAUGGCCGACAUUCUGAACGUCGAGGUGGUGAUGAAGAACGUGGAGAACAAACAGGACGCACUGGACUGGCUUACCUGGACCUUCUACUACCGGAGAUUGGCGCAGAACCCCAACUACUACGGGUUGCAGGGAGUCUCGCACACGCACUUGAGCGACCACCUGUCAGAAAUCGUCGAGCAGACGGUCGACUUCUUGGAGCAGGCGGGGUGCACUUGUGUGGAAAACGAUGUGGAUCUCAGCGCCGCAAACCUCGGGCUCGUGGCCAGCUACUACGCGUUGAGGUACUUCUUGCUUCUUCUAUGUGGAGCUUUUAGAGUUUUUGGAUUGUUUUUUUUGCUUUUGCAAACCAAAAUUGCAAACUCCGCAGGAGAAUAUUUUUUCCAACGUAUAUAGACCCAACUCCCACACAACUACAGGUACACCACGAUCGAGGUCUUUUCCCGGUCGGUCGGCGAGGCCACGAAGCGGAAGGGCAUUAUCGACAUCCUCGCCGAAGCCAGUGAGUUCGAGUAUCUCCCCCUCCGCCAGGGAGAAGACGACGUGCUGAAGCAGCUCGCAGACAGCUGCGGCCUAGACCUGGGCGAAGCGAUUCGGGAUAAGGGCGAACGGAUCAGGCCGACCGUGAAGGCGAAAAUCCUGCUCUACGCGCACUUCCACCGGUAUCAAAUGUAAAAAUGUCGGGGUCUGGAAAGUUGGAACUUGUGAUGCUAACUUUGGACUCUAAAAAACUCUGUAUUGCAUGACCAGCAAGAGGAGCCACAUUUGUGCUACGCGAGGAGGGCAUUUGUCAUGCGGAAAUGGUAUCAGGAAGCUUUCCAAAAAUCUGUGAUGCUGGGUCAUGCAUUACAAGCAUCAUGGGCCAUGCCAGACAAGCAUGACAAGCCUUCCAUUCUUCCAGACCCAGACAUAUUUGCAUUUGAUAACCGGGCGUCUCUGACGAUUGACUUGGCGUUCGACCAGAAAUUCGUGCUGGAGAACGUGCUGCGGGUGGUGCAGGGGCUGGUGGACGUGAUCAGUUCGAAUUCAAACUUGAAACAGUCCCUGAUGGCCAUGGAGGUGUCGCAGAUGAUCGUUCAGGCAACGUUACACACCAAUUCUCCGCUGAUGCAGCUACCCCACCUCGGGCCCAUACUGUCUGAGAAGCUGAAGAAAGCCGGUGUCGACGACGUUUUCAGCUUCGCCGACAUGGAAGACGACGACAGAAAUAAGGUAAGUAGAUAUACUGAUCCCGUCUUCUGCGAAUUUUUGUUGAAACAGAGGUCUGUUCUUCCUGAAAAAUUUCAUUUCGCUGCUUUUUUCCUUUAUUUUGGUGUUUGAAUGUCAUUAUACUGCAUGCAAGUACCGACGAAACCUUACACCCGCAACAUUCCUCAUCGCAGGUGCUCGGCAAGGCGAUCAGCGACAAGCAGAUGAAGGACAUUGCGGCGGCCUGCAAUAGGUAUCCCAGUGUGGAACUCGCUUACAAGGUUGACAAACCAGAUCAACUGGAAGCCGGAGGAAAGUGCAAGAUCAUCUGCACCCUGGAGCGCGAAAUGGACGAAGGUAAUUGAAAAUUACAUAAGACGAGAAAUAGAUUUUGUUCUUUCUACUUUAAUACAUUCAUUUCUUCACACCCACCAUCCUCCUUAUGGAGCAGCCUUACGCGAUUGCGUUGGCGAUGUUUUUUUUCGGCUUCGGCUGGACAAAAAGUAACAGCUCAAAGUAUAAUUCUCAUCUCAUACAAACCCACAACAGACGACGUGGUAACCGAGCCGGUCUACGCCCCGCUGUUUCCGAAGGAGAAGGACGAGUCUUGGUGGGUGCUGCUGGGGGACGUGCACAGCAACGCGCUGCUGUCCAUCAAGAGGAUAAGUUUCACGAAGGCCACGAUGAAAUUCAACCUGCAAUUCGACCUCGGCGAGGACGUCGGUCAGCGCGACUACAAGCUGUAUCUCAUGUGCGACAGCUACCAGGGUGUGGAUCAAGAGCACGCGGUCACGCUCGACGUCAAGGAAGGGUGAUGGAAGGAAUAGGAAAAGCUGUUGUGAAGGAGAAGGCAGUAAAUUUGUGUAACACUAACAGCAGCAUCACCACUUCCAAGUGGCAGCGACGACGACAGGUUGACUCAUCAGCGACUUCCGAUUUCUUGCGCAGUCCUGCAAAAUAUUACGAGCUGUCUGGAGAAGUGGAUUUCGAUUCGCUUGGCUUCAGCACGACGGAGAGGUUUUGUCUAGGUGACUUCUUGCGCCAAGACGGGCAGCGCGCAGAUGAUCUUCACCUGGUUGAAUUACUCAUUUGAAAUGGAAAAGUCGAAAGUAAC